AUGCCCGAGAUUGAGGUAGCCAUCCGGAACCCUGUCCACUCAGCUACAGGAGAAGCGCCGUUCUUCACCGUAUUCGGCCAUUAUAUGUUCCUCAACGGUUCCAGCUACAAGCUAGCCAGACAACUCAGGUCUCUGUGCGACCACGAGAUGGCGGGAAUGCAGACCAAGGACAAGUUUCGGGUAAUCCAUGACAAGGUUCAGAAGCAACUACAGGGUGCAUACGAGAUGAGCCGGCAACGCUACGAUAAGCAAGCCCGUACGCUACUCGCCAACCCGGGUCAAGAAGUCUUCCGCCGCAAGUUCGUGCAGAGUGACUUCAGCAAAUCUUUCAAUGCGAAGUUCGCUCGCAAGUUCCUGAAGGCCAGGGUCGUCAAAUCCGUCGGCAACAAUGCAUACUUGCUGGAGGACCUCCAAGGGCGCAGUCUCGGAGUGUAUCACGCUAAGGACAUCCGCCUUUGA